CCGAAAAAGCUGCAUGCAGCUAUUCUGAAAAUGCUGGUUCUAGAUGGUGAAUCAGUCUAUACUUUGACUUCUCACCCUAUUUUGCUGCUUAUAGCCAGGAUCAUCCUUGUGAAUUCAAGAGACAAACUUGCAUCUCUUCAGACAUUAUCUUGGUGGACUCUAAGAUGUGUGAGUAUUCACCAGCAGUUGUUAGAGGAGAGAUCACCUGAGCUAUUUACUCUUGCCCAGACCUCUAUAAAACAAGUGACAGAAGCAGAAACAUUGUUCGCAGGUGGUGAAAGCUGGCACUUAGCAGUUCAGUUCCAUCUUGAGUGUGCCUAUACAUUUUUAUAUUACUAUGAGUAUAAAAAAGCUAAACAGUGUUUCAGUAUGGCUAAAGACAUAACAAAACUGCAGAUUAAUCUCACAGGUGCUUUGGGGAAGAGAACACGAUUUCAGGAAAAAUAUGUUGCACAGCUUAUUCUGAAAGUCCAAAGAACGGAUGAAUUCCUUCUUCCUCACAGUGAACUAAGUCCAGCUCCAACACCUCUAGAAAAAUUAACAAUGAAUUAUGAUUUAAAUGAUGAUACAUUGCUUAAUGAGAUAAAACUAGCAGAUGCUGAUCAGUACCAGAUACCUGAUUUGUGUGCAGAAGAGCUUGCAGUAAUCCUUGGAGUAUGCUUAAAAUAUGUUAGCAAAUACCUGAGUGAAUCUAAACUAAAGGUCAUUUUUCUGGUGGCGGUGACAGAGGAACAGAGUGAUCCUCAGGGUGCCGUAUGCAAGCGCCUUCAAUGCUUGCUCUCUCAGCCGAAGUUCUGGGCCAUUCAGACAUCAGCCUUACUCCUUCGGACCAAGCUUGAGAAAGGAAGUACUCGCAGAAUGGAACGGGCAAUGAAGCAGACUCAA